AGUUACAAAAGUAUUUCACUCUAGAUUCUAGACAAUUUACGAAUAUACAUAAUCCUCUCUUCAUAUUCUGUCUUCCUUGCUUUAAAUCAAACACAUAACCUCUGAAAACCUAUUGCAUACACGUUGAUGUCAACGUCAGCUAUGUCGUAGAAUAUUUUCGGCGCGAAAUAUCAAAAUUAUUUUUGUUUAUUCGGCAAAAGUAGAUUUAAAAAAUGCACAAAAAAGGUGAUUAAAAGCUCAGAGUCUUAAUGGCUUUCAUAUAAUAUGUUUCGAGCUUUUUUUAUUAUUUUUGGAAAUAUUUAUUCAGUCACAUAAUAAUGCUGAAAAAAAUGCCGGUCAUUCAUGUUAAAUAUGUAAUACUGCUAACAGUGUUUUAAGAUACGUCCGCUAUGAAUCGGUUGUCUCGUGUCAGUUAAUUAACUCUCAUUUCUCUGUAUGUUAAUGGGAUAUAGUAUUUGUGAUGGAUAUACACGAUAUACAUCAGAUACCAAAUAAGAGCAAGGCAGAAUUAACUCCAGAGGAAAAAUGGAAGAUGGAGCAUAUAAAGAUGCACGAACAGCACAUGGGUCACGAAUCUAUGCACGCAGAGAUGCUGCUUAUAUUGUUGGUAACGUUAACAAUAGUACAGAUUGCAUUGGUUGAAUGGAAGAAGAGGCACUUUAAAUCAUAUCAGCUUGUAACAUUAGUAGCCAUGUGGAUUAUUCCAUUUGGAAUAAGUUUAAAGAACCACUGGUGGAGAUUUAUAUUUUUAUGGCUUUUAUCUUCAUGUAUAACAGGUCUAGUAGUAAGAAAAGCUAUUCAAAGACCAAUAUUAGGUACAACACCUAGGCUAGUGUACAAAUGGUUUUAUUUCAUUUAUAAACUCAGUUACGCACUAGGCAUAAUUGGAUACAUUUUAGUGUUAUUUACAUUUGUUGGUAUAAAUAUUCUAUUAGAUGUUAAGCCUCAUGUUUGGAUGGACUGUGGUAUAUUAUUUCUAUUUUAUGGUCUUUAUUUUGGAGUAUUAGGAAGAGAUGUCGCUGAAAUAUGUGCUGACACAAUGGCAUCACAUAUUGGAUAUUACACUCCAGGCAGUAUGCCAACCAGAACUUUGGAACCAAAUGUUUGCGCAGUAUGUGGAAACAAGCUGCUAGUUUCUGAGCAUGAGGAAGGUGUGAUUGAAAAUACAUACAAACUUACUUGCGAACAUGUUUUCCAUGAAUUUUGCAUUAGGGGCUGGUGCAUUGUAGGAAAGAAACAGACCUGCCCUUAUUGCAAAGAAAAAGUCGAUUUAAAGAAAAUGUUUCGCAAUCCAUGGCAACGACCACAUGUUUUAUACGGACAGUUACUGGAUUGGUUAAGAUGGCUAGUUGCUUGGCAACCUUUAAUUUUGUUCCUAGUUCAAGGUAUAAAUUGGGCUCUGGGCCUUGAGUAAGUAACAUUGUUGGCGAAAACCAACUCACAUGCACUAUUAUUGUGUUAUUGCAAUGUUAAAGAGACCGAUUUAUUCAUUCAAUCAAUACUGUGUUUGUAUUUUUCUAUAUGUUGUUACAAAAACUUUUACAUUACUUAUAAAAAUUAUUUUAUUAAAUAGAAAAAAUUCAAUACUAGUAAUAAUUCUAAUCGUGUUUAAAUGUUAGAAGUGAUACUGCGUUUUUUUUAGCAUUAAAUUAAUUUUUAUUCUUAAUUUGUGAUCUAUAUUUGCAAAUAACUUCUGCUAAUAACUUCCUACUAAUGAUAAAUACAUUCCAUCAUUCUUCUAAGCCCAUGAUGGGUGCUGCUUCCAGUAUUUGCUUUAUUCGAUAAUAUUGUACAGUCGCAAAGAAAUUAGCGCGCAUGUAUAUUGUAUGACUAUUGCUCACAAGGUGUUCAUAUAAUCUCUAUGCCGAUUUGUAAAAAGAAUAGAUCAAAUCAAAUUGUUGGCAUAAAAUGUAUUUAAUACUUUUUUUUAAGUUGCUUUUCGAU